UUUUGGGCCUGCGUGGCAGCGUGUUGUUGUGUGUGGCGGGGGAAUAGCAGGAGAGGAGCAGGGAGGCGACGGGUGGGAAGCGAGGCGGUUUCGUCUCAGAGCAGUUCCGUGUAGGAUUGGCAGUACCAGGGGUGGGGGAAGGGGGUGAGACAGUAACAAACAUCAGCGCCACCCCCCUAGCCCCCAGCAAUGGAGGACGAGAGCAGCUCCCGGGUAACCUCAGCGCCCAGAUCCACAAAAAAGCCACGUUUUGAUGUGUCCCUAGUGCAUCUAACGCAACAGUUUAUGGAACUUGUGAAGGAGGCACCUGAUGGCGUCCUUGACAUGAAUGAUAUUGCAAAGAUGCUUGGGGUGCGAAAGCGAAGGGUUUACGAUAUCACCAAUGUACUUGAUGGGAUUCGUCUUGUGAGAAAAAAAUCAAAAAAUUUAAUUGAAUGGAUAGGCAAGAAUCCCCAAGAAAAAUUGGCAUAUGAAGCCCAGUCUCGAAAAUUAAGGAAAGAGCUGGCAGAUCUGACAAAAGUAGAAAAUUCGCUAGAUGAUUUAAUCAAAGAUUGCGCUCAUCAGUUAUACACAUUAACAGAAGACAAGGAAAAUGCAAGACUAGCAUACGUAACUUACCAGGACAUACACAGCCUUCAAGCCUUCAAAGAACAGAUUGUGAUUGCAAUCAAAGCUCCCCAGGAAACUAAAUUGGAGGUACCUAUACCUAAAGAGGAAACGAUCCAGGUUCACUUAAAAAGUACUGAAGGGCCAAUUGAUGUUUUUGUAUGUGAGGUGAAAAACCUGGAAGAACCUCUUAAAAAAGGUACAGAUGACAAAACCAGUGAAAAUAAAGAGAUCCGCACUGCAACGGAUUAUAAAGAGAUCUCUGCAGCUCCAGAUUAUACAAUGACAUUACCACCUGAUGAAGAAUUCUAGAAGACUGUUCUAGACCUGAGAAUAUAUUUACCCCAAAAAUUCUUGGUGUGGUUCUUGAAACUAGAUGUUUUUGUCUCAUUUGAAAGCACUGGUGACUGGGAAAAACCAACACUUAAGGGUUGCCCACGAAGAAUGGUCACUUGAAUGAGAUACUGGAGGAACAUUGAUGUAGUCGCUGGCAUGAGAGAGGAGUGAAGAUUGGAAAACUAUCACGUUUUAAUUUGAAUAGGUAUCUAUAUUGAAUAAUGAAUUGAUAGUUUUGUACAAUUUAAUUUCAUUCCAGAUCAAAAGCUUGUAGAAUGUUGAUGUAUGAAAUUAUGCUGCACUGAAAAUAUUGUGUAACAUGUUAAAAAGUAGGAGCCUUCAGUGACCAGUGAUAGCAUGCCUUGGUUACCACUAGGUCAAAACCCGCUUAUGAAACCAAAAGGAAAGGUGUCUUGAGAAAACAUGCAGUCAACGUGCGUUCAUAAAUUAUUUGAAAACAACUGCAAACCAUUUUCUUUUUUAUUGUGCAUUACCAAGAAUUAGUAGUCUGGGUUUGCACAAAUCAGAAGUAUUAGUAGGGAUUUCAGUUGGCAAAUCUGGUGAGGAACAGUUUCAGAAAAAUCUGAAGUGUCAGAAUAACUUGUUUAAAUUGGCCUUUUGUAAAUAUUUUAGAUAAAAAAUGUGUCAUGAAAAAUAUUAACGCAUUUACAAUAUAUCUGUGAACUUGUAUAGUUUUGUCAUUUGCUCUAAAAUAUUGUGGGUUAAUUAAUUUUAUAAUUUAAAAAACUGAUACCUGGAAAGCUAGAUUCUUUUUCAUCACAAAAUUAUGCAGAUAGCAUUUCUCAAUAAAACAUGAAAAUUACAAACAAUUUGUUACAUUGGAAUAAAAUCCAUUUCUCAGUUAUUAUACAGGCUUAGGUCACCUGUACAAUUAAAUUAUGUCAGUAAAACUUUACUCUUUUCCUAUACUAAGAAUGAAAUCAUCUCGUUAUAUUUACCAUGCACUGAAAUAUCAAUGCAGCUCUAUUACAAAAUAGAGUCUAUCUACAUAGUUUUGCCAUCUUACAUUUGCAGGCUUUGCUGUAAACCUUUACUUUUACUGAAUCAGGUUUUCAAAAACAUGAGAGACAUAAUAACAUUAUCUGAAAGUUAUUUUUUCCUGUUCACAGAUUAUCUGAAAAAUUGAACAUAGUAAAUGUUACUUCAUUUUUUUUAAAUCUUUACCUUGUAGAAAGAAUUCAGUUACUGUUGUUGGUUCCCAGAAAAGUCACAUGAUAUGAGCCAUGAACACUCUGUUAUAAAUGGGCUACAUCUUUAGGAGAUAAUAAAGUGUGAAGCUGGAUGAACACAGCAGGCAAAGCAGCAU